GACAUCACCAUUUUGGCAGUUCAAUGAAUAAAAAUGGCAGGCUAAAAUAUAUGUAACUUGCCAAACUUUAGACUGGCAGGCCAUGUAUUUUAUCUAUACUUCGAGCCCUGGUUGUAUUCUGUAUUUAUAAUGUGUGCAAAUAUAUUAUUCUAUUUUACAAUACAGUCAGUAACCAGGAAGGUCUAAUUUGUUACCAGGAUGUUUAAAAUUGGCUAUAUAUAUUCGUCUUUAUCUUCUGCGCUGCAAUUGCGUUACGGCAUCGUCAUGAAGUGUGUUGAGUUAGCUAAGACCUCGCCUCCGACUGCUGUAAAAGAUGUUUUUCGUCGCUUUAAAAAAAUGCCUGCCCAGUCGGCCUUCGAGGAAUUUGCCAAAAGAGUAGAAAACCCAUCCAGGUAUUCGUACAAUGCGCCGCGAAAAAAUGUUGGCAAUAGGGUCGCAACUCUUGGCUCGGACGGAAUGGUAUGUUGUGACGACGAUAACGGCAUUUUCUCGGCCGUUUUAGCGGCUUAUAAUAACCAUUGGAAGCUAAGAACCUCACCAGAUGAUUGGUGGUUCUGUGUUGUAAAGAAAGUUUCUUUGGCGAUUGAUGAAAAAGCUGAAAUGAAAGAAAUUCGUGAUUUGUUUGUGGAACAUGGAGGGAAGAAGAAACUAUGUGUUGAUGUACCCACAACGUGCAUCUACGAUGUCGACUAUAGGUAGGUACACUGUUAAUGCUUUUAUUUAAUUUGUACUAACCAAUCAAAAAGACCGAUUAACAUAUCGUUAGGCCCCACUGAUCUAUAGUCAGGCCUUUUCCAUCCAUCCACAUUUGGUGUGGGGGCCCCUUUGACUGUUGUCAUUGUUUGACUGAGAUAUUAUAUUUAUAUGGAAUAUUUAAAGAAUGUUCUGGAAUAUUCGUUGUCUAUAACAAUAAUAGUUUAUUAUAUAUGCGCAUGCAACCAUGCAUUGCUAUAUUCAUUAGUUAUUCGCAUAAUGUACUAUUUAAAAAACGAGCAGGAGUGUUUUAUUAGGUUUAAAGCUACGAGCGCGCAGCGCGAGUGGCUUUAGACCUAAUAAAACACGACCUGCGAGUUUUUUAAAUGGCUUCAAAAACGUUUGCAUAAUAAGUCAAAUCUUUAUAUAAAAAUCUUUAUAUAAAAACCUUUAUAUAAAAAUCUUUAUAUAAAAAUCUUUAUAUAGUUUGCAUAACAAUGGUCUUUUGUUAAAGUGUUCUUUAGCUGGUAUAAAGACGUAUGCACGUGACUAAUUUCUUACUCAAGACUGGAUAAUUGCUUCAUGAAUUAUUAAUGAGUUUUUGAAAUAUCGUAUAAUGAUUUGCUGUUAUUUGUAUAUCUAAGUAUGCUUUUGCAACGUUUUUACUCGUUGAAUUUGUUCAACCUGCCGUUCAAAUAGCAUAUAAUAAGUAUAUGUCGAUAUAUAGCGGUUAACCCUUCAAAAUAACACUUCAUGCAGUGCGCAUUGGAUAUACACACAAUCUGUCGCCUCCAUUUCUAAUCACGUGAAAAUGGGCAGUGUCAUGUGUUCUGUUCUGGCUGUCAUGUGACUGUCUUCUGUUUCAUUCCAUUAGUGUUCCAAAACUCUGGAGUACUCCGAACAGUUUUGCCACGAGUAACGAUUUCUUCCAAGUGUGCUCACAGGAAAAGCAAACAGCGUACAAUGCGACUACGCAUGCGUAUUCGGCAACCGUGAUUGGUAAGACGCAAGUAUUAUGCAUGCGUAUAUUCGUAUAAUGUUGUGAGCUGUUCGCUUUUCAUGUGCGCGCGCGAAAUCUUCCAGCCAGUGCCGUCGCUGAAAUUUCAUAGCAAAAGAUAGGGAAAACGCCGUUCGAAAGGUGAAAAUCGCUUUUUUAAAAAAAUGAGAUACCCAUGGAAGUUUUGUUCAAAAAAUUAUUGUAGAAUAACGGUAAGCGAUCACUUUUAUUGAUUUCUUUUUAUUAAAAGUGUUAACAUAACAUUUUAUUUUGCAAAAGUUUGUUUUUUUUCCUAUCUACUCCUUAUUAAAAUCGUGAAAAGCACUGGCUGGGAGUUUCAGAUGCUCGUAUUUUAAAAAAAACAUAAAAAAAACAUGAAUACUUCUAUAAUACGUAUAGUUUUUUCCUCUGUAUUGUCAAAAUUUAAUAAAAUAGUGAAUUAAUAUAAUUUUCUGUAGUUACCUCCAUAGAAUAAAGAUCCACAUAGAAGGGCAACUUACGUCGGAAGCUUUGAAGUUUCUGUCCUCGCGCAUGUCGCAUUACACAUGUUGGCCGCCAUUUUCCUAGCCAGUCAAUGACAUUUUCUGGCCAAUAAACACGCUGUACUGGCUGGCUGCUCCGCCUUCUGGCCAGUAAACUGCAUAUUUUUGCAUAAAAAAACGAGGACACGUUGCACCGCUGAGUUGCCCUUCUGUUACUGAUCUUUAUUCUGUGGUUACCUCCUAAUAGACUGAAUAUAUCGGCGUGACACAAUUUGCCGCGUGUUUCCUCUCUGUAUAUCUCUUCUCUGUGACACUGGGGUAAAUUGCUUACGCAAGGUAGACACGAAUGAAAUAAUGAUAACAACACUUUAUAUAUUGAGGAUGAACAGAUAAAGUUAAAACUUUUUUCCAAUCUGGUCCUCCUAAACUCUAUAGACACAACAACAAUAACAUUAAACAUGACUAUUUUCAGUAUGAACAAACGAACGAAAUCGUGGGUAUAAUGUAAAGUAUUAACCAGUACUACAAUUCAGUUGUUCAUACCUCGAGAAAGCCCCAAUUUUCUAACUAGGCAAUUUUCUAUCACUAGCUCUAGUGUGCGACGGGCUCUAUACGUCUCAAACAUAUGUUUUCCCCAGCGUCCCCCUACAAAUAUAACAUUUCCCCUAAAUUUCCAGUACUCACUGAGGCAUAAAGCACACUGAUCCCAAAAUAUGGAUAGAGCAUCCUUCAACUUCGUUAACUAGAUGUGCAUGUGUCAAAACUUUGAAGUGAAAAAAACUUUAAAACUUUCACAUUAUAGCUUGUUCUUCGACCAGAUGUCCAAGGAAAUUUCAAAGAACGUGAAAGUGCCCGAAUACCUGGACGCGGUCACAGCUGAUUUCACGACGACAUCUCCAACUAUGAAAAUGGUUUCACAAAUCAGCAUCAUGUCAUCCUUACAGCAGUAUUUUGAAUACGGCAUAAGGACCUUUUGCGGUAUCCCUGCUAUUGAAAUGCUGGGUAGCGAAAAAGAUUGGGUACGUUUGGGUGAGAAGUUGCAAGCAUUGAGGAAGACCUUGGAACCGAUAACAUGUGAAAUUGGGCUUUCUCGUAAUUGGUGGUCACAUGCAGAAAACGUUUUUGCAGAACUGUUGAAGACGUACCGAGGUUUUUUUUAUUUAUUUUUAACUUUCCUAUUGAAGAAACAUAUUCCUAUGCAUUUAACGUAAAUCUAACUUUUUUCUUCCUGUUUUGAUUUUGAUAUUUUCCUAUAUUAGCUGGCGCUCAUGGGUAAUUACGCAUGCUAAUUUCUCAUCCAAUUUUAAUCCAAAUUUAACCAAAAUUUUAUCAAUUUGACCUUGGACAAUGUUUAUUAUAGUUCCACAGAAAAGUUCCAGAGAAAAAUUUCCACGAACUCAAAAUUUUCUGAUAAUAAUUGUUAAAAAUUGAAAAUUGUCAACUUCAAAUUGAAAAUUGUCAACUUGCAAAUUUAAAUAAAUUAACUUUUUGUAUAUAUCCUUGAGAAAUAAAAAUAAGAAAUAAAUUAUGAACCACAAAGGUGAACGUUUUUAGAAACAAGAUUAAGAAAAUUUAUGUCUGGGAAAAUUUUCUUGCGUGGAAAUGGACCUUGGAAAUGGACGUGGAAAUGAAGUAGAUCUAAUAUCAGAAGGACAUUAAAUAUGUAAAACUGCAAACAGAGUUACAUUUCAAGCAUAUAAGUUGGCGGAUUAUCAUGGUGAUAAUGAUAUUUAAUAUUUCAGGUAGCCCUGAUAAGAUGUGGUGGGAUAAGAUCAUUCAAUACGACGGCGCGGAAGAGUCGGGUGAAAUGCCUGGUUAUUUUGGCUGGUUAACCGAGUUUGUUGAAGACACGAGUAAAGUGCAGCCUAACUUGUUUACCAGUGGUUUGUUAUCUGUUCCACUUGAAAUCAAAAGUCUAGCUGAUGGUACAGAGGACACAGCAGCUCUGGUAGCAGGAAUGCUUGGCUACACGCUGUAUAAAGAUGAUGUUCCUGUUGUUCAACCCUUUCAAGGAUGGUCAUUGAUGCUUCCUGAACAUUCUCCAUUUCGUUCCAAAACUGCUGCUUGAAAUGGUCGUCUUGAAAUCUCUUGUGAAGACAAACUUUAUUGUUAUAAUUGUAUUGUUGUGAUAAUUGUCGUUAGAAUAAUAAUAUUCUUUUAGAGUCAUAAUAAUAAUUAUAGCCUGGUGUACACUAUCAAAUUUCUGUCAGGAUCACAAUAGGAAUUUUGCAUCGGUAAAUUCUAUGUUUUGAAGGAUCUGUAAGAAAUGUUUAACAUUAAGUCAGUUUCUUCAAAUCUUUCAAAUCUUGAAAGUGUAAACAAGGGUGAAGACAAUAUAUAUGUUUUUUGUGGUGAAACUGGGAGACAAGCGCUCCGUGUUGAGUCUAUAUAUUACUCAAUAAUUCUCAAAA